UUUUAGCAAAAAAAUGGACGGAUUAACAGAUGUGGACACAAAAGAUGCCAACGUAAUGCUCGGUUCCCUUAUUCUUUUCUUCGCUACCGGCUGGCUUUUCUACACAAAACAGCUAUUUAAAAAUUACGAGGUACACAACAGAAUUGUCCAGUUCAUAUUCUCCCUGACAUUUGCGUUCUCCUGCAGUUUAUUCGAGCUGAUUAUCUUUGAAAUCGCUGGUGUGAUGGCCCCGCUAUCACGUUCCCGGUGUUGGACAUUCUGUCUAUCCCUAAUUCUCAUCACUCUUGUAGUAGUAAUACCAGUAUACACAUCAUAUCUUAUAAUCCGUGGAAUCGUCCGAAAACACCUGCAACUUCCACUUUCAAUCGGUCUAUGGCUAGUUUUUAUCUACUUUUUCUGGAAAAUCGGCGACCCAUUCCCAAUGCUCAGCCCAAAACACGGAAUUUUCACAAUUGAACAAGUCAUCUCGCGUGUCGGAGUUGUCGGCGUCACAAUUAUGGCGAUUUUGUCGGGAUUUGGUGCUGUAAACGCGCCCUAUUGCUACAUGACAUUCUUCACGAGACCCGUCGAAGAGUUUCAUGUGUGUCAGCUGGAAAAGAAGCUGGCCCAUACGAUGGAUUUGAUAGUUUUGAAGAAGAGAAAAGCGGCUCGAUAUGAGCUGGAGAAAAAGCGACUUAGCGGAGAGAAAACUCAAAAGGAAACGACUUUUUUCGAGCGGUUUUGGGAUAGUUUUAGUGAGCAGAGCAGUGGAUCAACGUUGGCUUCACAGAUUGACCGCCUCAAAGAAGAAAUAAUUCCACUCGAGACCCUCGCCCGAUUCCUUUUCCUAGAUCUCGUCGAACUUCGCCAAAUGUUGAAUCGUGUGGAGUUCAGCAAGACAUUCAUGGGCAUUUAUUUCAACAUUCUCGGACAUUUUUUCUCAAUUUAUUGCAUCUGGAAAAUCUUUAUCUCGUUUAUUAAUAUCGUGUUCGAUCGAGUCGGAAAAGUUGAUCCGGUCACGAAAACCAUUGAAAUCGGUGUACAUUGGAUGGGUAUUCCAUUGGAUAUAUCAUUCUGGUCACAAUAUAUUUCGUUUUUUCUCGUCGGCGUUAUUGCAGUCACUUCUGUCAGAGGUCUUCUGAUCACAAUGACAAAGUUUUUUGUGUCGAUUAGCAAUGCCACGUCAUCAUUGUCGAAUAUUAUUGCACUUUUGAUGGCACAGAUUAUGGGAAUGUACUUCGUUUCGAGCGUCCUAUUAAUGCGUAUGAACGUGCCCGAGGAGUAUCGAACGAUUCUGACGAGAAUUCUCGGCGAUUUGAAAUUCAACUUCUACCAUCGCUGGUUCGACGUGAUUUUCCUAAUAUCCGCCGUCUCUUCUAUUGUUUUCUUGACACUUAUUCACAAAUCCGGUUCUUCAAUGUUUAGGGCAUAAUUAUUUGUUUUUGUGGUUUUGUUGCUGGUAUUUAAAUUAUUUUAAACUUCGGGUCGCAUAGAAUUUGAAAUUCAUUUGAUAAAAAAACAUUUUAAAAUUG